AUGAAGUUUCGUGAUGGAAUGUGGCUGCCCAUUGAGGGCAAAAGGACAGAAUACGCAGAGGAUAUCUACACUGUCACGCAGAGGCAAGACGGCCGAGCUUUGUCUUUGCUAUGUCCCACGAAGCAUGUUCGAUCGAGAGGAGAUACCCUAAACCUGCCCACUGUAACACUGGAUAUCGAAGCUGUGUUCGAUGGCGUAAUUUCUGUUGAGACAACACACUGGUCUGGAGCUGCCAAUAGAGGGCCUCACUUUGACCUUUUUCCUGACGGGAAGCCUGAGGACCAUGCCAAGAUUUCUGUAUCUGAUAAAGGCACAAUAAUCUCGUCAGGCUCUCUUAGUGCCACGAUUCACCCUAACCAGCACACAUUUGACAUCCGCUUUCAUGCAACGGAUGGAUCCAAGCAGCUCACAUCGUUGUUGAAUCGCAGUGUUGGAUUUGCAUAUGGUCCAGCGCCCAGCAGCCCGCUUCAGCUUGAUGACAUGAGAAACUUCGACCAUUACAUCUUUACACAGACAACGUUGAGUGUGGGGGAAACUGUUCACGGACUUGGGGAACGUUUUGGUGCUUUCAAUAAGGUGGGCCAGAGCGUCAGUCUAUGGAAUGCAGACGGCGGUACGUCGUCGGACCAAGCUUACAAGAACGUAUCUUUUUGGCUGAGCAGCCGCGGUUAUGGUGUAUUUAUCGAUACGCCGGAUCAUGUCGAGCUUGAAAUUGGCAGCGAACGAUCAUGCCGCGUGCAGACAAGCGUGAAAGGACAACGUCUGAAAUGGUAUCUGAUUUAUGGACCUUCGCCAAAAGAAGUCCUCUAUAAAUACACGAUUUUAACGGGCAGGGCCGGCCGGGUUCCUAGCUGGAGCUUCGGCUUGUGGCUUUCGACAUCGUUUACAACAAGCUAUGACGAGAAAACCGUCUCCUCGUUUCUAGAGGGUAUGAAAAGCCGCGAUAUUCCGAUCGAAGUCUUCCAUUACGACUGCUUCUGGUUAAAGGCGUUUCAUUGGUGCGACUUUGUCUUUGACACCGAAAUGUUUCCCGAUCCCAAAGGCAUGAUAAGUCGAAUUAAAGCUAGCGGACUUGUCCAAAAAGUCUGCGUUUGGACCAAUCCGUAUCUCGGCCAAGCUUCGCCUGUUUUUAGGAUGGCGGCAGAGAAAGGGUAUCUACUUAAACGAAAAAAUGGCGACGUGUGGCAGACUGAUCUCUGGCAGGCUGGAAUGGGACUCAUUGACUUUACAAACCCUGAAGCUACCAAGUGGUUUACCGGCUGCAUGGAGCAACUCUUUGACACGGGUAUCGAUUCCAUCAAAACGGAUUUUGGAGAGAGAAUUCCGACAGGUGACGUCCAAUGGUAUGAUGAAAGCGUGGAUCCGUCAAAGAUGCACAACUACUAUUCGUUCAUUUACAACAAGGUUGUAUAUGAGGCUUUACAGAAACGAUACGGCGAGAAUGAAGCAGUUCUCUUUGCGCGAUCUUCUACCGCCGGUUCACAACGUUUCCCAUUACAGUGGGGUGGUGACUGUGAAUCAACCCCCGAAGCAAUGGCAGAAUCGCUUCGUGGAGGUCUAUCUCUUGGCCUAUGUGGUUUUUCAUUCUGGAGCGUGGAUAUCGGUGGAUUCGAAGGCUCCCCACCUCCUUGGAUCUACAAACGCUGGGUUGCUUUCGGAUUAUUAACAUCUCACAGCCGUCUUCAUGGCAGCAAUAGCUACCGCGUUCCAUGGACCAUUGAUAACGACGAUCAAGGAGAACAGAGCUGUUCAAAAACAUUGGCAAGGUGGACCGCUCUAAAGGCCCGCCUCAUGCCUUACCUCUACGCACAAGCUGUGGAAGCUAUUGCGGGAGGCCUUCCGCUGAGUGUCCGCGCCAUGUGCCUUGAAUUUCCAGAAGAUCCAACUUCCUGGUACUUGGAUCGCCAAUUCAUGAUUGGAUCCAAAUUGCUGGUGGCUCCAAUCUUUGAAGAACCAGGAGAGGUAGAGUUCUACUUACCUGAGGGACGGUGGACGAACUUUUUCACAGGCGAAGUGAAAUUGGGGCCUAGAUGGGUGAGGGAAACUCACGACUUCGACACGCUACCAUUGUAUGUGCGUGAAAAUACAGUCCUAGUUUUGGGUAAGGAAGGUGAAAGACGGACAGUAUAUGACUACGUCAAGGACAUUGAGGUUCGUACAUAUCAUGUCAGCGCUAGGGCUAAGGUGAACCUUGUAGAUAGUGACGGUAACUUGAAAGGUACUUUGGAAGUGGAUUCGAAGGAUAAUAUCGAAACCAGCUGGGAAAAAUAG